AAUCAAUCGCUGUGAGAGAUGUGGUGAAAAGUUUCUGUUCAGUGGCACUUUUCCCGUGGAAAAUGUGGCAAGAUGUGAGUGAAAAGUGUGUAAACAUGUGAAAAACAGUUCCCUCAUUAGAGUUCCGCUGAAGGAUACCCGCAGAUACGCUGAAUCAUUCCGAAAAUAGGUGUUUUCCUCACGCGACUGCAGGAGCAACUCUGUGAGGCACGAUGAACAUUAUGCGGAAAUUGAGGAGUGGAGCUGUCGCCAGUGACAGCUCCGGUGAACUGUCUCUAGAGUCCUCCAAUCACACCGAACUGGGCCUCAUGCAUCUCAAGAAGCUCUUCAAUGAGUACACCCAUCCCAAGGAGGCGCUCAGUGAGUCCGAGCGUGACUUCAAGCUGUACAACAUGCUGCCGCUGUUCUGCAAAGUCUUCGGCUCCACGAAUUCGGCGGAGAUGAAUGAGCAGUUCUGGGACAUCUUGGCCUUUGCCCAGCAAGUGUCGCGGCUGAUGGUGUCGGAGAUUCGACGGAGGGCGUCCAAUCAGAGCACCGAGGCGGCUUCCAUUGCCAUUGUGAAGUUCUUCGAGAUUGAGAACAGCGAGGAGUCCAGCAAUGGCUGGAUGCUGCUGUCGGCGCUCAAUUUGCUCGCCGUGGGCGAUGCGUCGCUGAUUCAGGUGAUGACAACUGCCUCUGUGCCGUCGACGCUCGUCAAGUGUCUCUAUCUGUUCUUCGAUCUGCCGGAGAUUCCGGAGGAGGUGGCAGAUCUGGAUGAUGGCAGUGAAUUCACGCCGCGCGAGCGGAGAAUCCUUCUGCAGAAGAUCUUCGUGCAGGUGCUGGUGAAGCUCUGCUCUUAUCCAUAUCCGGCGGAAGAGUUGGCCAGAAUGGAUGACUUAACACUGCUCUUCUCCGCCAUUACAUCUCAAUGUCCACCACACAAUGUGAUGUGGCGGAAAUCCGCUGCGGAAGUCCUGACAACUCUCUCAAGGCACGGACUAACGGAGCCUGUUGUGUCCUACAUUCACUCAAAAGGAUGCGUCGCCCUGUGCAUCGACAAUAUGCAGCGAGUGCCACAAUUGACGCCUCUGGAAGUGGUGGAGAUGCUGGUGGCGGUGUUCUGCUUCCUCAAGGACUCCAGUGAAGUGUCACAGACUCUCCUUGAGGACUUCAGAGCAUGUCAAGGGUACGGAUUUCUGGCGGAUUUCAUCAUCAAGCUGGAUGGUGAGAGACAGAAGAAUUCCGAAGCUCAGGCGGCAAUUAGAAAUUUAGUGCUGAUGAUUGCCUCACUGUGCAUGUGUGGCUAUCUGGAAUUGAGGCCUAAUCUCAAUCAAUCUGGCUCACUGUUCCAAAUGCAGGGCUUCACGAUGCCCCAGACUUCAUCACGAGGCACUUGCAUAAGGAAUGUUCAUGCUUUUCAAGUGCUGCAGACAAUCUUCCUCAAAUCCAACUCCACUCCACUCUGUUGCAACAUCCUGGAUGCCAUCUCGAGUGUCUAUCACUCGGACAAUGCCAAUUACUUCAUACUCGAGUCACAGAACACCUUGUGUCAAUUCACGGAGAAGAUUCAUGCCAAGAGUCCGGAGAUUCAGGAGAAGUUCUUCGAGUUGCUGGAAUUUAUUGUGUUUCAGCUGAAUUUUGUGCCGUGCAAGGAGUUGAUAUCAAUGUCAAUUUUGCUGAAGAGCAAUCUCUCAGUGGACUGUAGUAUUUCGUGCAUGAAGACACUACUCAACAUACUCAAGCACAACAAUGUCUUCAAGGAUGCUUAUCGAGAGGUGGGAAUUCUCGAGGUGUUUGUCGCCUGUCUGCAGCGCUAUGAGACGUUCCUCAUGAAGCACAUUGGAGAGCAUGGACGCAGUGUGGAGGAUGAUCUGAAGGAGGCAAUGGAGGGAAAUACCAGCGAAACUCUUGGACGAAUGAUCAUGAAUGCCCUGACAAUCCUUCUCAAUGCCAACAAUGCCAAUGCGAAUGUUUUCCGGGAGAGUGGCGGAGCCAAGUGUGUCCAUGACAUGGUGAAGUUUGGUCACUGUCGCGAAGCCAUUCUCGGCAUCAUUCGGGAGUUGAUCUUAUCCGCUGGUGGUGAUGACGAUAUGCUCUUCAUCCUCAGCACAAUGCAUUCGGCGCCGUCAAAUAAGAUCCAGCUGAAGAUUCAGAUCCUCAAAAUACUGCUGGGAUGCCUGAGAGACAGUCAUCGCACGAGGACAAUCUUCCGGAAAGUGGGUGGCUUUGUCUAUGUGACGAGUGUGUUUGUGUCACUGGACGGAGUGCUGGGCAGUGUUGUCCAGUCGAAGGGGAGUGAAGAGGAGAUAGAAUUUUCAACUCUGCUGCAGUUGCUCAAUAUUGUGUGUCAGACUUUGGCCACGGCGAUGCGCUUUGAGCCGGCGAAUGCGAAAUUCUUCCAUCAGGAGAUCUGCAGCACAUCCUUCUGUGAUACACUGCGACUCCUUGGAUGUUUCGGCACGAAAACCCACCUGGAAUCCAUAUCAGCGCCCACGAAUCUUGAAGAAUAUCAAGGAUAUUUCCACACAAUCUUCAUUGGGAACGUGUUGGAGCCUGAAUUGAAGCAGGAUGUGCCUCUGUCGCUGAUCCUCGCAUGUCUGAUCUACAGAUUGCUCUAUGACAUUGCUAUUGAUAACUUUGAUAAGCCUAAUUUGAGUGGAGUUGUGGGAAUUCUGGCCCAGAGUGGUCAGCAGAAGGUGGCGAAGAUUGUGGCAAAGUCAGGUGACAUUCGCAGUUCCAUUCAGAGUCUGAAUCUCAGUCAACAGCCGCCGGAGCCUCUGAUUGUGCAUCCGGGCGUUGUGCUGUGCAUGCUGCAACUCUUGCCGUCAAUUGAGUGUGAAACGGAGGUGGACAUCAGCUAUGCCCUCCAGAUCUACAUGUCGGAGGUGGUGAAGAGUCUGGUGAGGAGUGAGAGAAAUCAGCAGAUCAUGUGUGAGGCUGGCCUGGCGGGAAUGCUGCUGAAGUUGGGCACAAAUCCACUGAAUGAUGAGCAAAAUCUCCUGCACAUUCCACUUCAAUACAUUCUCGAGCGCUUAGCUGCUCAGGCGCUGCAGCCGGCAGAGUUGAGAGCAUUCCUCAGGCUUGGCGCUCCGCUGCACUGUCACAGUCCGGACUUCAAGGCUGCCUACAAAUCGGGCGGAUCAGUUCCUCUGACGCGCAUCAAGACACUCGUGUCUAUGACCACACCGAGAGACUUCCGUGCUCAUGGAUCCUGCACUCUGCCGCCCUUCAUUGAGAUGGACAUGUCGUCCGAGGGAUUUGCGAGCAUCUUCCUGCCCAGCAUCGCUCCGCAAGCGCCCAAUAUUGGUGGGAAUAUUGACACGAACACCAUUGGAGGAAUUGGAGCUGGAGACAGGAUCUUUCCGCCACAAUCUGGACUGUCGUACUCCACGUGGUUCUGUGUGGACAAAUUCUCAGAUCCACGAACAGAUCCGCACUGCGUGAGACUCUUGACGCUGGUCAGGACGGUGAAUAACGUGCGAGAGGACAAUCUGGUCUGCCUGACUUUACUCCUGUCGGCGAGAGACAAGGCCAUCAUUGUUUCGACGCAGGAGACCAUUGUCCCACCGAAUGCUGGGGAGUGGGAGCCCGAUGGCACUGGUGACAGUGGGGCGAGGAUUUGGUGUCCGGAUCUGCUGCACGAGGGUCAGUGGCAUCAUUUGGUUGUGGUGCUGAAUAGGGCGGUGCUCAAGAACUCCAGUUUCUCCCUCUUCCUUGACGGACAGCACAUGCACACGCAAAAGCUUCACUUCAUCUCGCAGAAUCCAGGAGCUGGAGCUGCAAAUCUCACCGUAGCCACUUCAGUUUACGCUUUCAUCGGCACUCCGCCGGCCUGGCGGCGAUACUCUCGUCUGUGUUGGAAGCAGGGCGUGUGUCAUCUCAUGGAGGAUGUGAUUAGUCCACAAAUGGUGGUGACUAUCUUCAAUCUCGGUCCGCACUACAUGGGAUCCCUUCAGGCGCCGCAGGUGAGGAAGCAACUUGAACCUCUGGGACCGUUGAUUCCGGAGGAGAGAGUGAUGUUUGGUCUCAACGCCAAAGCCAUUUCCCAGUUGACUCUGGCCAAGAUCAGGAAGGUGUACAGUCGAGCGGACAAUAAGACGAUAGCGAAGCAAUUGGGCAUGAGUUCCCAUGAGAAUGCCACACCCAUUCGGAUACUUCACAACUCUGCCGGACACUUGGCUGGACCGGCAAGAUCUCUGGGUGGAGUUCUUGUGGGUUAUCUAGGCGUGAGAGUCUUCAGUCCGCAUCCAGUGUCUGCGAUGAUUGAGACUGUGGGCGGAUGCAGCAUUCUGCUGGGGAUAAUCGGGAUGGCGCAGGACGUGGAGAGUCUGUAUGCGGGCGUGAAGGCGCUGACGUGUGUGGUGAGGAGCAAUCGAGCCACACAGAGUGAGAUGGAUAGGAAGAGAGGCUAUCAGACGCUGGGAAUGUUCUUCAAGAAGAAGAAAAACCUGCUCAACUCUCACAUCCUUCAUCUCACGUUUAGUCUGGUGGGAACGGUGAAUAGUGGACAGGAGACAUCGGCGAUACCCAAUGUGACGGCCUUCCAGGACUUGCUCUGUGAUCUGGAGGUGUGGCAAGGGAGUCCCAAUGGGCUGUUGCGCUCACUGUUGGAGCAUUUGGUGCAAUUGGCCUCGGAGUCGAGUGAGAAGAGGACGAAUAUCAAGAUCAUGAGGGAUCUGCAGCUGGUGAUGAAGCUGUUGCACAUCAUAUUUGACAUCCACGAUGAGCCCACGACGGAUAUUCUCUUCGCCUUGCUGUCCAUUCUGCUCGGUGGACAGCCAAGGCAUGCGGAUCUGCUGCUGUUUGGGCAGUUCAUUGCCGCACGCUUACCACCGGAGUCUGUGGAUGCGGAGCGGAGUGUGGUGUUGGGUGCAGAGAGUCGUGAUGCAAAGGACAAUACAACUGUGAGGAGUCUCGUGGUGAGGAAUCGAUGCCUGACAAUGCUGCAUGGGCUUCUCUUCACCGCGAGGAACACAGUGAACACCAUCAUCUGUGAUGACAUCUCCAAGGUGUUGGGCCUGGAUUGGCUGAUGCUGUUCCAGCAGAGCCAGAUCCAUCCGUCGAGUGUCGUGUGGUCCAUGCGAAUACUUAUUGUGCUGUGCGCUAAUGAGACAAUAAUUGGACGAUUCCGCGAUGGCACUCACAAUGGUGGCUACUUGAGGCACACGGACAUCGUGUCGCAGAACAAGAGCAUGUCUGUGCUGGCGUCCAGUCAGCUGGCCACGUCUUCGCCCGUCAACACCAGCUCAAUGAUCCAGCCGGGCGCGGUGCUGCCCACUCAGCUGGCGCCCGAGGUGAAGAUUGGUGUGCUGCAUGUGCCGGGAUUUCAGUACUUAGAGUGGCUUCUGCCGCAGCAUUUGGAGAUCCCGGAGUUGUACUUUCUUCUGAUUGCUCUGAUUAUGGGACAGCCGGUGAAGUCUCUCGCUUCGGAUCAUAAGAAUCUGGACUUGGACAAGGUGUGGGCCUUUCUCUGGGGCGGAACAGUCACUCAGGCCUCCAUAGGAUCAAUUGGACCAAAGGUCAGUCUAUGUCCGGAGGCAGUGUGUGUCCUCCUGUCCAUGGUGCGACGGAUUGUGCACACAGACACGACGCUGGAGUGGCUGAAGAAUCAUCCUGUGACAAUAAUCCAAGUUCUCUUCUCACUCUAUCACAAUCUGCCGGACUUCAUGCCAGUCGUAAUGUCUGGAGAUGUGAUUAACUCGUUGUCGGGAAUUCUCUUUCCCGAGGGGAAGUUUGAGGGUGAAUCCGGACCGAAUAGUCCAACGGAGGAGCAACUGUGUGGUGUGAUGGUGAUGAUUCCGCCCACACAGGAGAGUUCUCUCACCAAACAUCCCGUGAGGAAGUUCAUCAUAGACUUCCUCAGAGUGAUCAUUGUGGAUUCCAUGAGUCUCUCGGCCACUGGCAAAGCAUCUCCUGUUGUGGAUCUCGUGCUGGAUUCUUCACCGGAUUUCAGUGAUUUGACACAGCAAGUUGAGUUCCAGACUGAGAUCAUAUCAGCCCUGAUGGAUCAUCUGCUGGCGGCUGAUGUUCUGGUGGGCGAGCAAGCGGCUCUGCCCAUUGUUCCACUGCUUCAGAGUCACAUUCAGAACAUUGUGCCGAAUGUUUUCUACGUCACGGCGCGCAUUGUGGAUAAACUGUGGCAGGGAUGUCUGAACAAGGAUCCUCAUGAGAUCUUUGACUUCAUCGUGAAGCUCAUUGGUCAGGCGAAGAGGAGAUCUUCAUCGCUGUCGCUGGAACAGCUUCAUCACUCACUCAACAGGACAAUUCUCUACUUGCUGUCGCGUCCGACGGAGUCUGUGGCCGAUCAGAUGGCUGUACUGGAAGCCCUGCACAAGUUAACCACGAAUCGCUUGCUGAUCUUCGGUGCGGGCAAUCAUGAGCUGGACUUUAUCGGAUGUUUAACAUAUUGUCUGCUGCAGCUGACGUCGGACAUGAAGAUCCUGCUGGAACAAGGAACAGCCGGCAGGACAACCACUUGGCAUGUGAAUCCGACUAAUGAGAUGAUAGAGUCGCGGGAUGAUUUACUCAAUCAACAUCAGGGGAAGAAUUUGAUUGCGGGAGCGGCUUUUCGCGUGUGGGAAGAGUUGUAUGUGUGCAAGAAGCCGGCAAUUGAGGAGGUCUUCAAGAUCACACUCACACCGCCGGCAAAUAAUGCUAAAGCGCCGGAUCUGACAAUUACCAGGGAGCAAAUUGUUGAGGCAGCCACAAAACUGUGGUUUAACUAUGUUGAGAGUGAGCGAAAGGCCACUUAUCGUGUUCCCUGGGAGUUCCACAAUCAGAUCCAGUCGAAAAUACAGAAGGUCACGGGUGGAUUGACGCGAUUGGCCAGCCGGACGAAGGUGAAGAAGGAGGAUUAUGUGCGGACAAAGAGCCAACUGUCGCGCGUGAAGGCAUUCCAGUGGACGGCCGUGAAUGUGGGCUUGGUGCGUGAUCUCUGGGACAUUCGCUAUGCUCAGCACAAUCAGAUGAUGCAGCACAUCCGGCGCUAUGUGUAUCAGGAGUGGAUUCAAUCGGAGACGGAACUGACGAGGGAGAGAGGACUGUGGGGCCCGGUGAAGGGCACAUCGCUGGAAAAGUGGGUGUUGGAUUCGACUGAGGGGCCGCACAGGAUGCGCAAGAAGACUAUGAGGAACGAUAUGUUCUACUUUCACUAUCCAUAUCGGCCAGAACUGGAGCUGCCUGACAAUCGUCAAUUGAAAUACAAAGUGGCCACGAGCUUCGAUAGUAAACUGCACUCUCAAUAUUGCCAGCAAACGCCUCGUGUGCUGUGUGAGAUGGAGUCGCUGUUUGACGGUCAGAGGUUGGAUAACCAGAUGUCUGUGGAUGUUCCGGCGGUGCUGGAGCGUAGUCAGAGUGAGCCUGGUGAGGAUAUUGACGAGGAGGAGGAGGAAGUGUCCCAUGUGUCGGACAAUCAGACACUGCUGCGAAUGCUGGAGGAGCAGGAGAAGAUCUCUCACAUGUUCAGAUGCGCCAGAAUUCAGGGAUUGGACACGACUGAGGGAUUGCUGCUGUUUGGCAAGGAGCACUGCUACAUUGUGGAUGGAUUCACGCUGCUGAAGAACAGGGAGAUCAGGGACAUUGAUUCCAUUCCCGUGCGCGCUUAUGAUCCCAUCUUGCCCAAUCCGGGCAGUCCGAGGCGUUCGCAGACAAUCAGGCAGUGCUCAAAGUUCUCCUACGAGGACAUCCGGGAGGUGCACAAGAGGCGAUAUCUGCUGCAGCCGAUUGCUCUUGAGGUGUUCUCUGGCGAUGGCAGGAAUUAUCUGCUGAGCUUUCCGCGGAAGGUGCGCAACAAGGUGUACCAGAGAUUCAUGUCCACGGCCACGUCCAUUGCUGACAGUGCGCAGCAAUCGGUGGCUGGGCAGAAGAGGACGGCGAGUGUGGAACAGACUUCGGGGAUCUUCAGCAGUCUGAUUGGCGAGACGUCAGUGACGCAGCGCUGGGUGAGAGGCGAGAUCUCCAAUUUCCAGUAUCUGAUGCAUUUGAACACGCUGGCCGGGCGUUCCUACAAUGAUCUCAUGCAGUAUCCUGUGUUCCCCUGGAUCCUGGCCGACUAUGAGUCCGAUGAGAUUGACUUCGCCAAUCCGGCGAGCUUCAGGGACUUCUCGAAGCCGAUGGGGGCGCAAUCGGGCGAGAGACUGGAGCAGUUCCAGAAGCGCUACAAGGAAUGGGAUGAUCCGCAGGGUGAGACGCCGCCAUAUCACUAUGGCACACACUACAGCUCAGCCAUGAUUGUCUGCAGCUACUUGGUGCGCCUGGAGCCCUUCACGCAGCACUUCCUGCGCCUCCAGGGCGGCCACUUUGAUCUGGCCGACAGGAUGUUCCACAGCGUGAAGGAGGCGUGGCUGUCGGCGUCCAAGUACAACAUGGCAGAUGUGAAGGAAUUGAUUCCUGAGUUCUUCUAUCUGCCAGAGUUCCUGGCCAAUGCCAACAACUUCGAUCUGGGCACGAAGCAGAAUGGCGAGAGUUUGGGUGACAUAAUUCUGCCGCCGUGGGCAAAGGAUGAUCCGCGGGAGUUUAUCAGGAUGCACAGACAAGCGCUGGAGUGUGAUUAUGUGAGUCAGAAUCUCCAUCAGUGGAUAGACUUGAUCUUUGGCUACAAGCAACAAGGACCAGCCGCUGUGGAUGCGGUGAAUGUGUUCCAUCAUCUCUUCUACGAGGGCAAUGUGGACAUUUACAACAUUGAUGAUCCGCUGAAGAAGAACGCCACCAUUGGAUUCAUCAACAAUUUCGGGCAAAUCCCGAAGCAGUUGUUCAAGAAGCCUCAUCCAAGCAAGAAGAUGACCAAUUCCAAGCACGGCGUCAUCGAUCCGACUCCUCUUCUGCCGGGCACAACGAUUUUGCAGUCGGACAAGCUCUUCUUCCACAAUCUGGACAAUCUGAAGCCCAGUCUGCAGCCUAUCAAGGAGCUAAAGGGUCCUGUUGGACAGAUAAUUCAGCCUGAUAAGACAGUGUUGGCUGUGGAGCAGAAUAAGGUAUUAAUGCCUCCGUCUUACACGAAGUACAUCGCAUGGGGAUUUGCUGAUCACUCCCUCAGGAUAGGGAUUUACGAGUCGGACAGGGUGUUGUUCGUUUGCGAAACGGUGGCUCAGAACUUUGGGGAGAUUCUCACGUGCGCCUGUCCGAAUGCCAGGACAAUAAUCACAGCGGGAACGAGCUCUGUCGUGACUGUGUGGGAGUUUGACUCCAGGAAGAAAAUGUUGGCUCUCAAGCAAUCCUUGCACGGCCACACGGAUGCCAUCACUUGUCUGGCCGCCAGUCCGGCGUUCAAUGUGAUUGUUUCCGGGUCGAGAGACGGCACGGCGAUCAUCUGGGACAUGGCCAGGUACACUUUCGUGCGCCAGCUGAGAGAUCACGUGGGCGUUGUGGCGGCCGUGUGCGUGAAUGAACUCACGGGAGACAUUGCCACUUGUUCAGCCACUUGGCUGUACAUCUGGUCCAUCAACGGACACGCUCUGGCCAAUGUGAACACCAGCAUUGGGAGCAUUGAUCGAAUGCAGCAGAUUCUGUGCGUGGCGUUCUCCUCGAAGCGCGAGUGGGAUCAGCAGAAUGUGAUAAUAACAGGAUCAACAGAUGGAGUUGUGAGAAUGUGGUCGAUGGAGUAUGUGCAGAUCCCAAUUGAGGAGAAGAAGGUGAGCGAGACGAAGGCAGUGAAGAGUCAGAAGGAGGAUACGAAUUUGAUAAAGCAGAUCAGCGAAGAGUGCAGCGGUGGAAUUGACAAGUCACCGAGUGAGAGCAGCAUCUCUGAGGCUUGCGACAGUGUCAAGGAGACGUCGAAGCGCUUUGAGGCUGAGAAGGAGGAUUGUAGUGACACUGAAACGCCCAGCAUUCGAGAUGAUGAUCCGCCUGUGCCGCCGAUGAGGAAGAAGCACAGCAUUUCAGCGGCCAAGUCGCUGCAUGAGUUUAAAGAUGAAGAGGCGGAUUUGAGUGCGGAUGUCAAGAAUGAGACUUCCGGGAAGAAUGGUGACAGUGGUGAGGAGCAGUCGAGAGGGAUUCGACCGAGUAAGUCAGAGACGAGUAUUACAGGAUCUUUUGUGGUGAUUGACAAUGAAUCAGUGAAGAAAUCCACACAAAACACUCUCAGAUCAGGCUUCAAGUGGCAACGACAGCUGCUCUUCCGCUCAAAGCUCACCAUGCACACGGCGUACGAUCGCAAGGAUAACACAGAACCGGCGAGUAUCACUUCCUUGGCAGUGUCCAAGGAUCACCGGACGCUGUACGUGGGCGACGCUCGUGGCAGGCUCUUCUCCUGGAGUGUCUGUGAGCAGCCAGGGCGCAGCAUGGCAGAUCACUGGCUGAAGGACGAAGGCGCUGAUCAGUGCAUCAACUGUAGCGUUCGGUUCACUUUAUACGAGAGAAAGCAUCACUGCAGGAAUUGCGGGCAGGUGUUCUGCAACAAGUGCAGUCGCUUCGAGUCGGAGAUUUCUCGGUUGCGCAUCCUGAAGCCGGUGAGAGUGUGUCAGAAUUGCUACACAGCUCUCAAGCAGUCCAGCGAGGCAUCAUAGAUGAAUGGGAAAAGAGGGAGAGAAUUCCCUUGUAGGAAUCCCUAAAAAAAAACACAGUCGAAGACAUGAGAUUAUAGUUGCAAUGUUAGAUUGAGUAGUUUGAUGAAGAAAAAAAAAACCAAAAGUAUUUAUACAAACUGUGUAAAGAUGGAAAGAAACUCCAAUAUUGAGUAUUUAGUGAAAUGAUUGUAGGCUCUAGAGAGAAAAGAAGAGGCACAGGAGAUUGUGUAAUGUAAUUGUACAAUGUAGAUGAAAGGGAAAUUCAUUGAGUAGUGCAUGAAGAAGAAGAUAAAAAGUGUAUAAACUUGGUGUUCUCCUCGUGUGUGUGUUGAAGACGCGCGCGCGUCGGGAGAGCGAGAGAUUUAGGCAAAAUCUAUAUCCAAUAUCUUUUCAUCCUACUGUAAAAUCCUCAUCUCUCUCUGUAGCUAAAGAGGAAUAUUUAUUUAUUGUGAUUUUUUUUAUUUUACAAAAUGUGGUAUAUAUACAAAAACGGAGAAGGAGAGCAGAUAAUACAAUAAAUUGACAAAUAUCUAUACAAAGAUAGAAUGUCUUUUUCUC